UUAAAAAUGGGCCGUCGUCCAGCUCGCUGUUAUCGUUAUAUUAAAAAUAAGCCUUAUCCAAAAUCACGCUUUUGUCGAGGUGUUCCAGAUCCGAAAAUUCGUAUUUUUGAUCUUGGUCGAAAACGGGCAACUGUUGAUGAAUUUCCGUGUUGUGUUCACAUGAUUUCUAAUGAAAGAGAACAUCUUUCUUCUGAGGCGUUAGAAGCAGCUCGUAUUUGUGCUAACAAAUAUAUGGUUAAAAACUGCGGAAAGGAUGGUUUUCAUAUGCGUGUUCGUAUUCACCCAUUCCACGUGAUUCGCAUUAACAAGAUGUUAUCAUGUGCUGGCGCUGAUCGCCUUCAAACUGGAAUGCGAGGAGCCUUUGGAAAGCCACAAGGACUUGUUGCGCGUGUUGGUAUUGGCACUGUUUUGAUGUCUGUACGUGUUCGUGAUCAGCAUCAAGCUCAUGCUUUGGAAGCAUUCCGACGUGCUAAGUUUAAAUUCCCUGGACGUCAAUAUAUUGUUGUCUCUCGAAAAUGGGGAUUUACUCAAUUUGAUCGGGAAGUUUAUGAGAAUUAUCGUAAAGAAGGGCGUGUUGUGCCUGAUGGGGUGCAUUGUAAGCUAAUUAGAGAGCAUGGUCCUUUGACUCAUUGGAUCAAGAAUCCGAUAUAA